AUGGGUGUCUCCAGAAAGGCAAUCAUGGUGGUUCUUUCUGCGAAUAUUGAGGAUGUGGCACCGGUGCCAUGCGAACUGAAGCUGGAAUCGGGCCGAUUUAUUCGUUACGUAGCGGCAAAGGAUGCAAACCCACUCAAGGAGAUCAGCAGACGUGUCGAUCAGACUGUGUUCUGGGAAGGAGUGAAUACGCUCUGCCAGCUGCUGGAUGCGAUCGUCGAGACAGAAAUGGAAACAGAUUUCUUCGAGGGGAAAAAUGUGCUUGAGAUCGGAUUUGCUACUGGACUUCCAUCUGUCUAUGCUUACGAGAAUGGCGCUGCUGAGGUCGCACUUCACAGUGCUGUAAGUGUCGAUCAGACUGUGUUCUGGGAAGGAGUGAAUACGCUCUGCCAGCUGCUGGAUGCGAUCGUCGAGACAGAAAUGGAAACAGAUUUCUUCGAGGGGAAAAAUGUGCUUGAGAUCGGAUUUGCUACUGGACUUCCAUCUGUCUAUGCUUACGAGAAUGGCGCUGCUGAGGUCGCACUUCACAGUGCUUCGAAAACUUCGCUCCAAAUGUACUGUAAACCGACUCUGCGCAGGAAUGCGAUCCCGGAAAACAAGUGCAAAUUUUCCAGUGGCGACCUUAGCCAAAUGAAGAAAGCCAUUGGCGGAAAGAGAUUCGAUGUUAUUCUGGCUGCGGAGCUUUUGUAUCGCCGUGAGGAUGAGUUUGAGUUGGUGCAUCAGAUCCUCGAUGAAGCCCUCAGUCACGAUGGCAUUUGUUUUCUGUCCAGCCCAACUCACUAUUUCACCGUCGACAGCAGCCUCUCCAGUUUCCUGGACCUUGUGAAGAAGUACAGGAAAUUUGACGUCGUGGAACGAUGGAGCUCCCCUCGUACCGACGUUGUCCAGCGAAAAGUCCUUCAACUAACUCGAUCUCUUUGCUGA